GUAAAAGAAAAAAGAAAACAGACAUGGCGGCGGAGAUUCACUCGAGGCCCCAGAGCUCCAGACCUGUCCUUUUGAAUAAGAUCGAAGGGCACCAGGACGCAGUGAAUGCUGCGAUUCUGAUACCGAAGGAGGACGGGGUGAUCACGGUUAGUGAGGACAGAACAAUCCGAGUGUGGCUGAAGCGAGACAGUGGGCAGUAUUGGCCCAGCAUCUACCACACAGUGUCCUCACCUUGUUCCUGUCUGGCCUAUCACCAUGAGAGCAAGCGGGUCUUUGUGGGCCAGGACAACGGGGCUGUUGUGGAAUUCCACAUUUCUGAAGAUUUCAACAAGAUGACCCAUGUAAAAACAUAUCCAGCCCAUCAGAACCGCGUGUCGGCCAUCGUCUUCUCCCUGGAGAGCGAGUGGGUGGUGAGCACGGGACACGACAAGUGCGUGAGCUGGAUGUGCACGCGCAGCGGGACCAUGCUCGGGCGACACUACUUCACCUCCUGGGCUUCCUGCCUGCAGUAUGAUAAUGAAACGCAGCACGCCUUUGUGGGGGACUAUUCCGGCCAGAUCACCCUGCUGAAACUGGAGAGGCAGACCUACUCCACCAUCACUACCCUGAAGGGCCAUGAGGGCAGCAUCGGGGCGCUGUGGUGGGACCCCGUGCAGAGGCUGCUGUUUUCGGGAGCGUCGGACCACAGUGUGAUCAUGUGGGACAUCGGGGGCCGGAAGGGGCGCACGCUCCUGCUACAGGGGCACCAUGAACGUGUGCAGGCAGUGCGAUAUCUGCAGCUGACAAGACAGCUGGUUUCCUGCUCCUCAGAUGGAGGAAUCACUGUCUGGAACAUGGACACACCCAGGGAGGAGGCUCCUCAGUGGCUAGACAGUGACUCCUGUCAGAAGUGUGAACAGCCUUUCUUCUGGAACCUCAAACAGAUGUGGGACUCUAAGACCCUUGGGCUACGGCAGCACCACUGCAGGAAGUGCGGGAAGGCCGUUUGUGGGAAGUGCAGCUCCAAACGCUCCACCUACCCAGUCAUGGGCUUCGAGUUCCAAGUCCGGGUGUGCGACUCCUGCUACGAGUCGAUCAAGGAUGAGGACCGAACAGCCCUGGCCACCUUCCAUGAGGGGAAGCAUAACAUCGCCCACAUGGACAUGGACCCCUCCCGGGGCCUGAUGGUCACCUGCGGCAGUGACCGGGUGGUGAAGAUCUGGGACAUGACGCAGGUGGUGGGGUGCAGCAUAGCGACCGGUUUCUCCCCACGCUGAGAGCCCCGAUGUUGACCCGCUCCACCGACAGACGUCCGUCCAGGGCCUGCGGCAGUCAAGGAAACUCCACCCCUUCUCCUGCUCUGUUUCUUUCCCUCCUCCAACCUGACAUUUUUACACACACACACACACACACACACACACACACGCACCUACUUCAGGCAUCCACAUGCUGUGAUGCCCUUUUUCUCUGUCAUUCAAGCACACACACACACACUGACAUGCAAUAACUUCACACCUCUGCCAGGAUUGGCUUUGUUUCUCUCUCACUCACACAAAUAAGCAUAUACACAGACAUGCAAUAUGAAAUGAAUUGAGCAGAGCAACCCCUCACAACGCAUACAGCCUCAAACGAAACAGCUCAGCAGAAAACAUGUGUAGUGUGCUGGGAUCAUCCCUGUGCUUCUACAGAUCGCUCAUACUUCAUCCCACUUUGCAGUUUACGUGAUUUAUUGUCUUCUUGUGGGUGUAACUGGUCAGUCAACAAGAUGAAAGUAACCACACAAGAACUGGCUAGAGUUUCAAACUGAUUUAUAGUGAAUUUCCUCAGAGGGCUGUUAGCAUUGAAGCACAGUAUUUGAUAUUGGCGUGUUGGACGGCUUAAUGUUUGUUUUGAACACGUUGAUGUGUUUGGCAGGAUGUGGCUGUUUGUUGAUGGAACGAUUGAAAUUGCUGCCAUAUUCCGUGGACACUUGAGGGAGGUUUGGGUUUUUCCUGCUUUUCAUCAUGGGAUUCGGAAUCCCUGGCUCGACAGCACUGGUUGCUCAAAGCUCAUUUUGUCUCUGCUUGGUCCUUCAGGCGAAGGCCUUGAGUGUUGGACACACUGACCGUUGUGACUCUGAAUCCAGCCCAAUACUCCUUCCGGUGCAUGUCCAUAUCUACAUGUGCAGAUGUGCUGUUCACCGAAAGAGGAUUCCUCUCGGGAUCCCCCUCACUCUCUGGCCUUAACACUCACUAUGUGAUGCAAUCGUUUGCCUCAGGGGAAACGGGGAUGACUCAUGAGCGGGCAGGGCUGAAUGUCCAGGGGCUGCCGUCGGCACGCCUCGUCCCCGCGUGGUUUUGCGUCCAGCUUUGCCCAUUGCGACAGGUGUCGGUUCAAACACCUUUUGAACAGUAGUGAUGUGAUUUUGAAUAUAUUUCUAAACAUAUUUUACAAUGAGUGUCAGAAGUUUUGGACUCCCAUUGCCUUUUCCUGAAUGAUCAUUUGAGAAGUGGUUUUUACUCAUGUAAUUAGAGCACACAUUUGAGGUUAGACUUGGUGGACUUGACAAGCAUCGGUGAAGAGGAGAAAGAGAAGAGUUCUACUUUUGGAACAGUAACUGAGGUGUCGGAGUUUUAAGCCUGAGAAUAGGUCUCUCAUCUGGUUGAUUGUGGGGAGAAGAAUGCAAAAUGUACAAACACUGUGGCCACAUAUGAAUGCCAGGCAAUAGUAUUCUAGUGAGUCCUAACGCAGGCAUGCACAAAGCCUUUUAUUGGUGAGGACUGUUCACUCAUACCAUUUAGAAGCCAUUCCAUUGUUCAUGUUAUGUAGCAUUUACUUAUUUCCAGUGUUGAUUCUUUUCUUUCUCGUGUCUUUGGUCUUUGUCGUCAAUGCCUACACAAGUCUCUUUCUCCAGGAACUGCUGGGCCUGAAAGGGCCCUUUGGCUCUCGGCUGCACUGAAUUGCACAAUUGGCAGUUUUGUUGGCCAUCUGUUGAAAAGUUGGUUUUGAAAAAUGUUUUUGGACACCGCUUUUAUUAUAUGGCUGGAAGUCGUCGUGUCUUGUUGCGCUGCAUCAGGUCCUGAAACACUGCACUGUAAAAUUUCUUUUUGUGGUAGGGUAAUAAUAUGGCUUGCCUUGAUAUAAGGAAUAUAUUAUGUAUGGGAAACCAUUCAAAUUUAGGCACAUUGUGUGGUCUGUUUACUUAGCAUAGGUUUAUAUCCUUUACCCAUAUUUAAGGUCAUAUACUGGUUUGGCCCGAUGGGGUGUUAACUAGAAGACGUGUAUACACACUGAGUGAAAGGAGGGUUUGUGUUGACUGUUCAUAUGGAAAGGUGUGAGAACAGGACAGUUGGGAGACACAUUGCUACAGUACAAUCAGGAUUCAGGUCCGGUUUCCCUUAAAAAUAGCCUUUGGUACUCUUUAAAAAGAGGCAGGAAUGUUGUCCCUUUCUCCAUGGGCAUUAUCAUUUAAAUGCGUUCUUUUUUUCUAACAUGGAGUGGUGAAAUGUACCUGCAUUUCUGUUGUUCACCAGUAGAUGUGCUGUUGUGUUGAUAUUGGCAGUGCUUGUCAUCAGUACUGGUCAGCUGUUGGGUAGUGCUGAGUGUUUUUAACUGAUCUCCCUCCCUCUCUGAAUUCAGCCAAUUGAAACAUACCAUUCCAUAUAGUUGAUGAUUAUUACUUUUCCAUAUAGACAUGGUGAUUUGUACAGAUGUAGGUCUUAACUAAUUUAAUCUGAAUGGACCUAUAAGAGCAAGUGACAUGCUUCACUCAUUAACUCUUCAUCUGUAGUGUUGGAAUCGGUUAAAAUUUUCUUUUUAUAAGUUGUACACUAACACAGUUCCUUGCAUUAUUUAUUUUUCGGCAGCUGAUUUUUCUUUUCUCUGCACAUUGCAAAGGCUGCUUACAAAAGGAGAACUGGCCCAGGGUUCGACUCUAGUUUCCCUUAAUUUUGUCAAAUUUCUAUUCACCAGCUGUAGGAAGCAAUUGCAUUACGAGAAAGAAAAAGGACUAAUUCCCUAAAGGUGCCGAAACUAACAUCUGCUUUGUUUUUAUGUCAAUGAUUGUAUAUCCCUUGUAGUUUUGCAAUGGAACUUGCUGUCCGAACAUUGUUGUAUAUCUCUAAUAACUGUAUUUUUAAAGAUAACUCAUGUUGAUAAUGUCUCUACCUGAUGAGCUGUCAGACUGUAGAAGAUAUGAAAAUUGAAGAAUAAAUUCAA